AUGGCAGACUUCAAUGGCUUACCAGGCGCCAACCUCACUGCCGCCGAAAAGCUCGGUCUCGUGACCAACAAUUUGCAGGAAGUUCUGAACAAGGAGAUUAUCGAAGAAGUUCUCAACAAGAAUGAGCGCCCACUGCGGAUCUACUGGGGCACAGCGACGACUGGGAAGCCUCAUUGCGGCUACUUCGUGCCAAUGCUCAAGAUUGCCGAGUUCCUGGCCGCGGGAUGCAAUGUCAAGGUCCUCCUCGCAGAUGUCCACGGCUUCCUCGACAAUCUGAAAGCGCCGAUCGAGCUUGUCGACCAGAGAGCGAAGUACUACAAGUACUGCAUUACAGAGCUACUGAAAGCAGUCGGCGUGGAUAUUACGCGAUUAGAAUUCGUACUCGGCUCCACCUACCAGACGACAGGAGACAGCGGUGCCAAGUACUUCAUGGACCUCCUCCGCCUCAGCACAUCUGUCUCAGGUCACGACGCCACUAAGGCCGGCUCUGAAGUCGUCAAGCAGGUUGAAAGCCCGCCGCUUUCAUCCCAAAUCUACCCACUCAUGCAAGCCCUGGACGAGGAGUACCUUGGCGUGGAUGCCCAGUUCGGCGGCGUGGACCAGCGCAAGAUCUUCACCUUGGCCGUCGAAGCCUUGCCUCGAAUCGGUUUCAACAAGCGCGCGCAUCUGAUGAAUCCCCUCAUUCCUGGUCUCCAAGAAGGCGGCAAAAUGAGCAGCUCAGAUCCUGACUCGAAGAUCGACCUCAUUGACGAGCCGGAUGUUGUCAAGAAGAAGCUGAAGAAGGCUUACUGCCCUCCGAAGAUCGUCGAGGGCAAUGGAGUCCUCAGUUUCGUCGAGUAUGUCCUUCUUCCCGCCUCUGCACUCAAGAACAACGGCACACCCAGGUUUGUGGUCCCACGCCGGGAUGCAGAGCCAUUGGAGUACGCCACCAUCAAGCAGAUGCAAGACGACUACCUCUCAGAUGUCCUGCAACCUCAGAACCUCAAGCCGGCCGUGACAGAUGCGCUCCUGGAAAUCUUGCAGCCCAUUCGACAAGCGUUCACAAGCAGUCAGGACUGGCAGGAGAUCGAAAAGAAGGCCUACCCGCCACCUCCUGCACCACCAAAGAAGGAGAAGAAGCAGAAGAAUCUCGGUACGCGCUUCCCUGGCAACAAGGGCGCAAACGGCGCUGUCGAGGCCAAGCCAGAUGGACAUGUGGAGGGACCAGGAGCACAUGAGGCGAGCGUGGGCAAGACGACAGAAGAGGCGAUGAGUAAGCUCAGUGUCAACGAAGGUGACAAAGCAUAG